GAAGUAAAACGGUAAGCCAAACAGUCUCUUAGUUUGGGGCAGCAUGUAAAUACCAAAAUCCAAAUAGGCGUCUCUUCAAUCCCACUCCAAGUGAACAAUAACAAUGGCGGUUCCUCUGCCAGCGGCUGCCGGAACAAGAAACAGCCCCCGACUUCCCAAAAUUAACUGCCAUCCCUCACCCCCAUCUCUCCCCGGCAGCAUCAGCGCCGCCGCCAAUCGAGUCGUCGCUUUCACGACGCCUCAAAACUACGCGCCCAGACUCUCCCACCUCCUCCGCCUCCAUGGCUGGCAACCCCUCUGGUGCCCCACCGUCCUGGUCCAAACCACGCCCCACACUGAGGCCUCCAUUCGUCUCCACCUCUCCUACCCCAGUGGCGAUCAAGCUACUCCCCCUCUCGACCGCUUCGCCGCCAUAGCCUUCACUUCCAGAUCUGGGAUUUCGGCUUUCUCCGAAGCCCUAGCCACCCUCGACAACCCCCCGCUAGCCCCGGCGGGCGAGGCCUUCACGAUCGCCGCCCUCGGCAAGGACGCGGAGCUUCUCGACGAGGCGUUGGUCGGCGGACUCUGCCACAAUUCCGACCGAAUCAAGGUCUUAAUCCCUCCCAUCUCCACGCCGGCCGGUCUUGCGGAGUCGCUGGGAGCAGGGCUAGGGCGGAGCGUGCUCUGUCCGGUUCCCCUGGUGGUGGGCCUGGAGGAGCCGCCGGUGGUGCCGGACUUCCUCCGGGAACUCACCGGGAAGGGCUGGAUUCCGGUCAGGGCGGAGGCGUACGAGACGCGGUGGGCGGGGGCGGAGAGCGCGGAGCCAAUAGUGAGGAGGAGCGAGUACGGCGGUGGCCUGAACGCGGUGGUGUUCAGCAGCACCGGAGAGGUAGAGGGGCUGUUGAAGAGCCUGAAGGAGAAGGGCUUGGAUUGGGAGACGGUGAAGCGGAGAUGUCCCGAACUGGUAGUGGCGGCGCAUGGCCCGGUCACGGCGGCCGGAGCAGAACGGUUGGGAGUGGGCGUGGAUGUGGUGAGCCGGAGGUUCGAUAGCUUCGCGGGAGUGGUGGAAGCGCUUGCUCUGAGAUGGGAAUCCGAAUCCGAAUCCAAAUCCCCGCCAGGAGGAUGAUCCAAAAUUGUAGAAUAAGGACAACGACAAAAGAAAGCAAUGAUGGCUGGAGACUACGGCAGACCUAGAAGUAGAAUGUGGCAAUGAACGAGGAAAUUCAAGUGACAAUACAAGGUUGGAGGCGAUGAUGAUGAAAGUCAGCAAUGGACGAGGUGACUAAAGAAAGAGAUGAGAAAUGAUGAAAUAGUGUAAUGUUUUAAUGAAUAGAGAGUUAUAAAUAUGCAAAUUAUUUUAGGAUAAA